UACCAAAAAUAAAUCACAUGCUGUAACCUUGAGUCAACCUCAACCACAAAGAAAGGCCCCAAAUCAAUCACAAACCAAUACUAUGGUUCAGUCCCACAUUACUACAGAUACACAGCAACCAUGUGUUCCUCAGUCCCAUGACUCUGUGAAGAAACAGUCAUCAACCAAGCCACAGACCCAACAACAGCUCCAGCUACAGGAUCAGGCUCUGGUUCAACCAGCGGGUCCUCAGCCAUCUAAGCAGCCAGAGGUACUACCCCAUGACCAAUCUGUAGCUCAAGUCCCAAUAUGGGCUCAGAUCAGACAGCCUUCCACUAUUCAGGCUCCACUGCAAGGCCCAAUUCAGCUUCCUGUACCAUCUCACAUUCAGCUCCGUAGUCAUCCACAGUCAUGGGCCCCUGUCCGGCCCCCUUCCCCUAAGCCACCAACCCAGGCUCAGCCUCCAAUGCAUACUCAGUCAACAAACGUGGACCAAACCCAUGCAAAAUCAAUGAAUGAUCCUGAAAUUCACCCUCAGCCCAAGGUCCAACCUCAAACACACCCUCAGCCUAAGACCCAAGUUCAAAUCUAUGCUGAUCAGUCUGAGACCCAUCCCCAGUCAAUGCCCUACCCACAAGCCCAUGCUCAUGCCCAUGUUCCAACUAAUGUUCAGCCAAUGGCCAGGCAAAGUCAGGCCCAACCAUUGACUCAACAUCCAACCCAAGCCCAACCUAUACUCCACCUUCAGGGUCAUUCUUUGACUGAUCCUAUGACUCAGUAUCCAACACAUGCACAGCCACUGGUCCAGCAACAAGGCCAUAUUUCACAGGGGCACUUUCAAGCUUAUACUCAAGUCAGAUCCUCAGUCCCCCAGUCUAUCCAGCAUCCACAAGCUACAGUGCAACCUCAGUUAUACUCCCAGGGUUAUGCCCAAGCUCAGUCCACAUCUCAGCAGUGGACAGAUAAACAAGAAACACAAAAUCAAGCAUUUCCCCAGCAGAGUCACCCUAUCCCGCAACCAUAUCCUCAGCAAAUGGGCCAAGCAACACAUUCUCAGGCUUAUCCUACAGUUCAGACUCUAUCACAGUGGGCCCAGCAAACACCCCAAAUUGCCCAACAUAGGGUUUCUCAUAUGGGGCCAUCAUAUACUCAACCGCAAAUGCAUCCUCAAGCUCAACCCCAACCCUGGACUCAAACACAGCAGCAAAUUGGGCCCCAGAGUUCCAUGCAUCAACACACCCAGAUGAGAGCUUCUAACUUAGUUCAGCCACAACAAGGCCAAGUUCAGCAACAGACUUGGGUUCAAGCACCACUGCAAGCGCCAUCUCAGUCUUAUCAGCAGCCUCAGUCUCAGCAGUAUGUACAGGUCCAGCAUCAACCCCAAGCUCAACAUCACUCUCCACCUCAGAUUCAAACACAGAUAUCUCUCCAGUCACAACCAUCACAUCAAGCCUAUCCUCAGCUUCCUUCACAGCCCCAGCAACAAACUUUGCAGGCCCAGUCCCAAACACACGUCCAGGCACAGCCAUUAGCUCAAGAAAAGCCCUUUGCCAGGACUCAGGGGACUCAAUCUAAUAUUCAAUUCCAGCAAUCAACUUCUCAGCCCAAGCAUCAGCCCCAACUUCAGCUACAACCAACGAUUCAGUCACAAACUCAAGUAAAAGGUAACUCACCUCUACAGCCAAAACAGGAUGUUGAAAUGACACCUCAACUAAUAGAUCAGUCACCAAUUAAACACAAACCCGGAUCACUGCCACAGCCUAAACCAGAAUCUCAAUUGCCACCACAGGCUCAGUCACUAACUAAAGUUAAUGUUGAAUCACCCCCUCAACCCAAGGUGCAAGCCCAACCUCCAUUACAACCUACAGUUCAAUCACCAACUCAGCCCAAAGUUCAGUCACCAGUCCAACCCAAAGUCCAACCAGUGUUCCAACCCAAAUCUCAGGCACAGUUAUCCCCACAGCACCAUCCUCAGUUUCCGGUGUCAUUGCCUCCCACGGCCCAAACAGUGCCACAAUCCAAGACUCAAUCUCCCACACAGGCAAGACCUCAGACUCAACCACUUGACCCACCAAAGACUGAAACCCAGUCUCCUUUGAAACAGAAAAUUCAACACUCCCAGACUAUUCUCGUCUCUCAAAUCGAUGUGUUGCGUCAAACCCAGGCUGAGUCACCAGAUCUUAAUAUCAAACCUCCUGCUCUGGCUCAAGCACCUCCCCAGGCCUACACAGAGGCCUACACUAAGGCACAGGCUUUAGCUAGAAAUGGCUUUGAGGAGGCCAAACACUGCCUGCAGGCGCACAUCCUGGAAGCUAUCAACAUCUUCAAAGACAGGCGUGUAUCAGCUGAGCAAGCUUCAGUAAAGGAGAAAACUCUGAGGACACUUGAUCCAGAGUUGCUGGAGGAGUUCUUGCGAGCAGCUAAUGGCAUGGAGGCCUUUUGCACCCCCUCACAGCUCAGAGAUAUGGAGUUCUUCACCCAAUCUGUCAGGACACAGUGGGAGGCUUGCUUCUCCGCGGACUUUGCUGAAGCAGAACAGCACCUGCAGGCACUGAAAGAGUUGUGUGACACCCUAAGCCCGGAGGAUGCUCAUCGCUUGGCUCAGACGCAGCUGAGGGAGUGUGAAAAGAGGCUGGCUGCUAUCCAGCAUCAGUUCAGUGGAGAUCAAGACACACCACUCCCUGAAUCUAGGAUUCCUGUUGCCUUCACUGAGGAUCCCAACACACAGAAGGAGCCUACCAAACCAAGUGACAAACCUCAGGCCUUAGCUGAAGUGACUCAGGUGACAGUGAAGACAGUUGCUGUGGAGAGAAGGGAGACUGAAAAGCAGAUGUCUGUGGAGGAAGAAGUAACCAAAAAGGAAGCUUUAGAAAGAUAUGAGAAUGCUAAGAGGGCUCUGCAAGCCCAACUAGCUAAAAAUGAACAGAGCAUCAAGGACGUCCCCUCUGACUCAGUCUCUCUGAAAGGCCUGCAUACACGGCUCCAGGAAAUACAGUUCUUGAGACAAGAGACUGAGUGUCUUUGGUCUGAGUAUGCAAACCAGUGCUCUCAGUGUUCCCAGCUGAGUGGAAACACUUCUCUGGAGCAGGAGAAGGCGGAGCUGCAGGAGCAGUGGCGCACCCAGCAGUCCAACCUUCAGAGGAGAGGCAGCUCGCUGGGCUCUGCACUCAGGCAGAUUGACUCCACUGAGAAUCACAUGGUGGACUUCACCGACCGCCUGGACCGUUAUCUGAGACAGCCCAAAGACAUCACUGGCUUCACACUGGCCAACACUAACAUUCUGAAAGAUAUAAAGGAACUGGAUGACAACAUACAGAGUGAACUGGACCAGUUGUCCCGUCUCGACCCUGAAUCCAGCGACUUGGAUCCCAGAGAACGCUUCCCUCUGUCCCGUGAGUUUGAGGCUCACAAAACCAGCUUGGAUCAACUCCGGCAGCAAGUCCGGAAGAGCGAAGCAGCUGCCCGUGCCCUCGACCGAUUUCUUAUGUCGCUGCGCACUGUGGAUGAGGAUAUCUCAAGUAUCCCAGGUCCACCCUGUAGUGACGCUGUGGUGCUGCAGGAAUGCCGCUCCAAGUUGGCUCUGAUAAGGCAGAGCAUAGACAGUUUGAAAGAGAAGGCACCUCAGCUGGAUCUACUCCUGCAGGGAGCUCGGCUCACAGUCACAAGGGAUGGUAUCCCAGCCUCCUGCCUCGAUAUGGUGAACGUCCUGGUGAGAAGGCUGGACGAGGCUGACAGUGGGCUGGUCAGCCAGCAGAAGGUCCUUCAGAAGGAGACCCAAAGCAAAACCCUGGGCCUGAGGAAGAGGACGAUGCUGGGGGAGAUGAAGAAGCUGCAGGAUACGAUUGAAGCGCAAGGCCUCAAAGAGCCCACCAUGCCUGCGUUGCAGCACAGGCUUCGUGCCCUCUUGGAUUUAGAAGGCCAGCUGCAGGCUCAGAACUGUGAGCUUCAGAGCCUCCGUGAAGUCCAAGAGAAGCAGGGAGGAGGAGAAAAUCUCCUUCAGGAGCUGGAAGCUCAGUGGAAGGAGACUCAGCAGGCUUUUUCUGACAGAAGGAAGCAGUACAGCACACUGUUGGAGCUUCUGAAGAAGUUCCAGACCUGCCGGAGUCUCCUGAGCAGCACCAUCCAGAACGCAGAGCAGACAAUCAGCGAUAAGGCAUCCUACAUGGGGAAAGACAACCUGCAGAGGAGUAUGGCAAAGGUCUGUGAUAUUAAGCAGGAGCUGGCUGGUCUUGCGGGGCCGAUGGAAGAGAUGAGAAGUGUUUGCAAACAGCUGCAGACUGAACUGAAGACGUUUCCAGACUGCAGCGAAUCUCCAUUUGAAGCAGAGGCUGACACGCUGAUGGACAGCUGGCUGGACGUGACAGAGAAGACAGAUGCCUACAUGGAUAACCUACGAGUGGGCCUGGAGCUGUGGGAGAAGCAGCUGAUGCUGGGAGGAGAGGUGGACAGCUGGGCCGGGGCCAAACUCACCCUGUUUGCAGAGAGCCAUGCUUUCUACAAUGAGCAACAAGUACUCACCAUGAAGGAUGAAAUCCAGGCCAAUGAGGAGAACAUCACUCAUUUUCACAAGAAGUCUAUUGAGAUCCAGGAGAUGCUGCAAAGUCAGGAAGCUCCACUGGAGCUACAGGUAAUGGAAACCCAGCUGAGAAAGAGACUGGAGCAGGUGAAGGAACUGUUUACCGACUGCACAGAUGUCUUUGAGGAGCUAAUCGCUGUGAAGAAGCAUCUAGCCGAGAAGGUAGAGGAUUGUCAGACAGCGGUAGAGAACAUCCAGAGUCGUAUCAACGAGACUAAUGCUUCAGGUCCAAAUGUGGAAGCCCAGAUACAGGAUCUGUGCAACGACCUGGAGUCUCAGGAAGAGCAGGCUGAGGCUGUGUUGAAGGAGGUGGGAUUGGUUUCCAGUGUGGCCAGCCCUCAGGUGCUUGAGGCACUCUCUGUUGACUGCAGCAGGCUAACGGAGGCAAUCUCGCGCACCAAAGACAUGAUCCAGCUGAAGAGAGAGGAGAGGGACAAAGGCCUGCUCAAGGUUAUCGGAGAUGAGAAGCAGUCAUUCGAGGAGUGGUUCCAGGACUUGCAGCUAGCCGUCAAUGAGUGCUUCGAGAACCCUGAGAGUAGAACAGAUGUGGAGACGUUUUUGCAAAGACUGGCUAGUUUCUUAAAGUCCAAGGAUGCAGAGAGACGUCUUGACCAGCUGAAAGAUCAGCUGGAGAGAGGCAGGGAGCAGGUUCCACCUCAGCAGCUCUCUGAGUUUACUGGGUGGAUGCAGGAGCAGCAGGAGGAAGUGGUUACGUUCAGAACCCACUGCCAAAACCGGCAGAAACAAAUGGAGUCACUGCUCAGCGACUUGGACAGUCUGCAGAAGCAGCACGACAGCCUUCGUCAGUGGCUUCAGAACAAAGAAAAACAGUCUGUGGUGUCUGAGAAAGUCAAACAACUUCUGAAAGACCUUCAGGAUGAGAGUGGAAGAGCCGAGACCCUCAGUGAGCUGCUGGCAUCAAUACGCAGACAAGGUGUCAGAUCUGAGAGCCUCCUGAAGGACGCUGAUAACUUGAUACAGCGCUACAGAAACCUGGAGGGCAGGAUGCUGAAUCAGGCUGAGGCCCAGAGUGUGUUGGAUGGAGAAUACAAUGUGUUUAAUACUCAGGCAGAGAGCACCAGGACUUGGAUCGGUGAACUAUCACAGCCUCUCACCACUCCAGACAGAGACACCGACAUGGAGGAGAUGAAGUCCAAAGCACAAGCCAUCCUUAGCUGCAAACCUGAGGGAGACUUUAAAGUGAGCAGCUUAAGACGACAAAGCGAAAGCCUGUGUGAGAAGGAAGGCCUGGACGAGUCCAGGAAACAAAGUGUCCAGCUGUUAGUUAGCGACACAGAGAAACAGUGGACGACAGCCCUGCAGGCUGCUCAGGAGGCUCUCAGAAAGGCAGAGACGCAAGCCAUUUUAGAAAAAGACGUUGAAGCUUUCCAAACCCACAAUGAAAGUGUCCAGUCCUGGAUCAGAGACCAGGACCAGAACCUCAAGUCUAUCAGUGGCCCUGUGCAAGUUGAAGAAAAGCUUCAGGCAGCACAAGCUUUUCUGAGCUCCAAGCCUAAUGGAGAGUCAAAGCUCCAAGAGCUUAAACAACUGUGCCAGAGUCUGUGUGACAACCAGAGUUUGGAUGAGAGCAGGAAACAAAAGCUUCAUGAUGCAGUCAAACACACAGAACAGGAGUGGAGGAAAGCCUUGCAGGGUGCUGAAGAGGCUCUCAAACAGGCAGAGACUGAAGAGGCCACUAAAAGAGAUUUUGAUGCUUUCAAAACCCAAAGUGAAACAAUCCAAUCCUGGAUCAAAGAGCAGAAGCAGAAACUGCUGUCCCUCAGUAGUCAUAUGCACUUUGAAGAAAGGUCUGAGAUAGUACAGGCUGUCAUGACUUCCAAACCUGAAGGAGAGUCCCAGUUGCUCGACCUGAAGAGACGGGCUGAGAAUCUGAGCAAGCUCUUGGAAGACAGUAGGAAACUAGAGGUUCAGCAGCUAGUGACAGUCACAGAGCAGCAGUGGACAACAGUUCAACAGGCUGCCAAUCAAGCAGAAGUCAGGAGUCUUUCUGAUGACUUUGACGUCCAGAGUAAAAACACAGAGAUGUGGAUCAAAGAGAAGCAACAGAAGCUACAGGCUGUGGGCAGUCACACAAGAGCUGAAGAGAGAUGCCACACAGCACAGGCCCUCUUGACCUUGAGGCCUGAAGGUGACUCUAAGGUGAACAACCUGAGGAGACGAGGACAGAGUCUGUGUGACCACAAAGAUGCUGAUGAGGGCAGGAAAGAGCAGGUCAAGCAGACAGUCAGAGACGUGGAGGAGCUGUGGAGGGCAGCUCUGCAAGAUGCUAAACAGCUUGAAGCCGCAGCAGAAGCUGAGACUGAGAGGAGAAGGUUGGAGUUGCAAGAAUUUAAUACCUGUCAGCGGGAAACUGAUGGCUGGCUAAAAGACCUCCAACAGCAGCUGAACUCUUUUGGCAGUGAAACCGAGGUCGAGAACAGACUGCAUGUAGCACAGGCCAUUAUGAACUUCAACCUUGAAAAUCUCAAGAUAAAAGCCCAGAGUUUCCUUGAUCACGAGUAUGAUGAACAUAAAAAACAAGAGAUUCAACAAAAAGUAAGAGACACUGAGGAACAGUGGAUCAGACUCCAGAAAGAUGCUAAAGAAGUAAUGGUUCUGGCUGAAAGGCAACGCGCUCUGGACAACCAGCUGCAAGACUUUGAAGCCACGAGAGAAAAGACCAGAAUGUGGUUGGAAGAGAAGCAGCAGAGCCUUGUCUUUGUGAGCAGUCAGAAAGACCCAGAACAGAUCAUAAGCACUGCACAGACCAUCCUGAGCUGUAAGCCUGAGGGAGACUCUAAACUGGAAGAACUAAAAAGACUAAGCCAGAGUCUGUCUGACCAAGAGGACUUGCCUAAGACCGUGAGGCAAAAGGCUCUGCAAGCAGUGAAAGACUCAGAGGAGCAGUGGAGGACAGUCCUGGAAACCGCUGAGAACACUCUGCAAAAAGCUGAGGUCCAGUACUCACUCUCCAAGGAGCUAGGGGGUUUCUGUGCUCAUGCGGGAAGCACUAAAGCUUGGAUUACAGGCCUGCAGAAACAAGCUGAUUCCAUGGGGAUGAGCACUCAGGGCAGCAAGGCUCAACUACAGGACAGACUGAGUGCAGCACAGGUCAUCUUGAGUUCAAAGUCAAGUGGUGAGACACAACUGUUGGAGCUGAUGAGGCGAGCGCAGAGUCUCUGUGACCACAAAGACCUGGAGAAGGACAAGAAGCUGGAGGUUCAGCAGACAGUCAGAGAUACAGAGAAGCAGUGGGGGGCAGUGCUGCAGGCUGCUGAGGAGACACAAAGCAAGUUGCAGAGUGUUGUGGAACGCCUGGUAUCCUGUCAGUACCAGCGAGACCAGGCUGCGGCCCGUCUGGCUGAGCUUCAGAAGCAAACAUCCAACCUUCCACGUGUCUUCCCCUGGCCAGGCCUGGGAGAGCGGAGGCAAGCUGUGGAACAGGCCCGAGCCCUGGUUGAUCAGAUUACAGCCUUAGCCCCCGUCCUCUCAAACGUCCGCACGCAGGCUGCAGAGCUGGUUGAAGUCACACAGGACCAAAGCUGGUCAGACCCCACCUGGACAGCUAAGGAGGAGUCUAUCCCUGCUCUGCUGAAAGAGCUCACUGAUGCAGUAGCCAACCUGGAGCAGGGCAUUGUGACAGAGCGGCAGUGCACACAGCUAGUGGAGCAGCAUGAAGCAGCCCAGGACUGGUUGAGGGAGCAGGUUAAAAGCCUGGGACCUCCUCCUGCAGACAGACAGAGUCUGCACAGUGCUGUGAACACCCUUAAGGCUUUGCUCCAGACGGUGGACAGAGAGCAGAGAGAGAUGAGGGAGCUGGACUCUGCCAGAGACAGUUUGCUGUACCUCUGCACUCCUGGGGGUCAGGAUGCCCUGACCCUAGAGGUUAGCCAUCUCCAUGACCUCUGUUCUGUCUCAGAGCAGGAGGUGAGGGAGCGUCUGAGGGUCUGUGAGACGCAACUAAAAGAACAGGACAGUCAGUUGGCCAAAAGGACCCAGGGGCUGAAGGAGGGAAUUGCAGCCCUGCAGUGGGAGCUCCGCUCUCUCGACCAGGCACUCAGUUAUAGUGAACCACAAAACAAUAUCGCUCAACUUGAACAGCACUGGCACAGCCUACAGAAUUGUGAGAAGUCACUAGAGGAUUCGGGUGUGAAAAUUCAUGACCUGCAACAGGAAGUAAACUUGGCAUCUUCGACCAAUGAGCUGCCAGCAGAAAUCAUCAGUGGGGUUGACUCGUUAUGGGAACAGCAUGCCAGUCUAAAAAAUAGGCUGAGUGAGCAUCAGGUUACCUGCUGCACAAACACAGCAACAUGUCUCAGGGAUUGUCUUCACGCUCUGCAAAAAUGGAACCACAGCAAACCAUCUGUGUCCCUUUCCUCUGUACAGAUGUUAGAGGAAGGUGAAAAGUUGCAAGCCAGCCUACAGGAGGCACUUUCUCACCGACAUUUUCUAAUGGCCUGUCUGACAUUGGACUUGCUUGAGAAACUAGAAAAAGAUGGCUCAGAAGCUCUCAGAGAAGCAGACACACUGAAAAAUUCUCUAAGUCAGAGCCUAAAGGAACUUAAUCAAAAAAGUAAACCAAAACUGCCUGACAACCAGUCGUCAGAGAACCUGCAGGAGACAAAGGCCUCUGUGGUGGCACCACCACGAAAAAGCAAGCGCUCAUCUGAGAAAAAAACAGUUUAUCCUACUUCUGCUUCAAAAUCUGUGGUGAUACAAAGCUCUACUACUUCUCAAGAACCACAGACCAAAACUGUAAGGUUAGAUAUCACAGGUGAGCCUGUUACAAAUGAGGCAAAUCAGCCUGCUUCUGAGGAACCCACUGUGAUGCACAAGGUCACUGAAACUCCUGCUGUUACUGAAGAAACUGAAAUUGAACAGCUGUAUGCUGAAAAUAAAACCAAGGAUGAGGCAGAGAAUAAGCAAAAGCCUAGUAGUGAGAAAUCUCCAAUGACUGGAAAGCAAACUAAAGUGGCUGUCGAAAAAAGUAAAAUCAUUCAAAAAGGUAAGAAGUCCAAGAGUUUUGAGGUCUCUCAGCUUGCAGAGCCAAUGUUUCCACUGGAAAAAGUUGCUACUGUGCAGUCAACAGAGACCAAAGGUGAAUCCGACAAAUAUAACGUAACAUCAGAGUCAGCUGAAACACCUAUGGAAAAAUCGAGAUUAUUGCCUAUGACGAGAAAAUCAAAGAGCGCAGAACUUUGCUUUGAUCUUGGUGAUACUGAGUUACCUCAGACUAGGGAAGAUCCUCAAAGCAAAACUUCUUCUUUGGACUUUAAUGGCAAAAAC